CUACAAUCCCAUAUACAAGCCAGAGUACAAGCAUGGCGAAUAAAUCAAUCUAUGAUUUCUCUGCUGAGACCCUGGAUGGACGGCCGGUUCCGCUCUGUAGCUACAAGGGGAAGGUGCUGCUCAUCAUCAAUGUUGCCACCUUCUGAGGGUCAACUAUAGAGGAGUACCACCGACUGAAUGCACUGAUGGAAAUGUUUGGCCAACUCAACUUCACUGUCUUGGGAUUCACUUGCAACCAAUUCGGCCUUCAGUCACCCGAGGUCAAUCAUGAAACCCUCAAUAUCCUUAAGUAUGUGAGACCCGGAGGAGGAUUUGUGCCAAAGUUUCCUGUCUUUGGCAAAGUUGAGGUGAAUGGACUAAACGAAGAGCCUCUUUUCACAUAUCUAAAGGAAUCCCUCCCGUUUGUGAACCCUGUGAUCGGAGAUAUAAAGAAAUUCUACUGGUCUCCAAUCAAAGUCAAUGACAUUCGGUGGAAUUUUGAGAAGUUCUUAAUCACUGCAGAUGGCAGGCCCUUCAAAAGAUAUGAACUUCAUUGCCCUGUUGAGAUAGUGGAGAAGGACAUAGCAGGUCUUGUCUGAUGGAUUAUCUUCAAUUUUAACCGGUGGCAGAGUGACGAUCCCCCAGUAAAUGCCCUUAUGCACCUGAGCUGGAUCUGAUGGGAAGAGGAACAGGCCUCAAGGCUUUAGUGCAUUCACCAUGAGAACCAGUUCCCUUCAGCCACUGGAGGAGUUUUUAUUUUAUUAUCAGACUGUCUCACAAUGUGAUGAUAUACGCCUUAAAGAAAUGU